AUCUCUGCUCUCUCGCCGUCAUGGCCUCUUCCUCCACGCCUGCCUACGACGUCGACGCGCUCGACGCCGCAGUCUCGACGCUGCUGCCCGCCGCCUACUCCUUCGAGCUGCCCAAGACCAUCGCGCAGAUCCUCCACUUCCGCCCGCGCGUCGUCGCCCUGCAGCUGCCCGAGGGCCUCGCCGUCUUUGCCUGCACGCUCGGCGACAUCAUCACGCGCUUCACCGGCGCACAGAUUGUGAUACUGGGAGAUGUCACCUAUGGUGCUUGCUGUGUCGACGACUUUACGGCGCGCGCGCUGGGCGCCGAGAUGCUCGUGCAUUACGGACACAGCUGUCUUGUGCCGGUAGAUCAAACGAGCAUACGCACACUCUACGUCUUCGUCGAGAUUCGCAUCAACGCGCUGCAUCUCGCAAAGACGAUUCGCGCCAACUUUUCCUCUUCGGCGUCCGCGUUCAGGCGACGCGUCGUGGGCGGCGUGCAGCGCGAGGAGACGGGACGAGUGGAGAUCGGCUUUGAGGAGGGAGAGGAGGGAGAGGGAGGCAAGCGAACAAAGAUCGCCCUCGUGGGCACCGUGCAGUUCAUUGCGGCGCUGCAAGGCCUCAAGGAGGAGCUGGAGCGAGAGUGGAGGGACGCAGAGGAGGAGGAAGGCAAGGAGGUGUUGCUCCUCGAAGCCGCGCCUGCCUCGAACGACACCUCAUCAAGCGCCGCUCCCACGGCCUCUGCCUCGGCCCGCUCCUUCGACCGCGGUAUCUACGCGCCCUUCAUCCCGCAGAUCCGCCCUCUCUCCCCGGGCGAGAUUCUCGGCUGCACGUCUCCCACGCUGCCCAGCGACACCGACGCAGUCCUCUACGUCGGCGACGGCCGCUUUCAUCUCGAGAGCGUCAUGAUUGCAAACCCCAGGAUCGCCGCGUUUAGGUAUGAUCCGUACGAUGCCGUCUUUGUGCGGGAGUGGUAUGACCAUGCGAGGAUGAGAGAGGGGAGGGAGAGGGCGGUCAGGAGGGCGAGAGUGGGGGCGGAGAAGGGACUGCGAGGCGACAAGACGCACGAUGGCCACGACGAGGCAACACAGACGAACGGCGCAUCGGCAGCCGGCACCUCGAGCGUCGCUCCCGCCUCCUCCUUCUUGUCUCCCUCCGCCUCAGGCUGGGGUCUGAUUCUCGGCACGCUGGGCCGCCAAGGCUCUCUCUCCGUCCUUUCCUCUCUCCUCUCCGCCCUCUCUGCGCACGCUCCUCGCAUUCCCGCCGUGCCCAUCUUGCUCUCCGAGCUCUCGCCCGCCAAGCUCGCCCUCUUUGGCCAGCACCUCGACGCCUUUGUGCAGACGAGCUGUCCGCGGCUCAGCUUGGAUUGGGGAGAGGCAUUUGAGAAGCCGCUCCUCAGUCCGUACGAGGCCAAUGUGGCGCUUGGCGUCACGAGGGGCUGGGGCAAAGGCAGAGGAGUAGGCAUGGAGGAUCUCCGCAGCUCGCCUGCUUCCUCUCUCGCCGACUCUCCUUCCGCCGCCUCUCUCGACGCCGACGACCCCAACGAAGCCAUCGACUACCCUAUGGACUUCUACGCCGACGACUCGAGGGGCCCAUGGACGCCGCGACAUGGCCUCGGGCGCAAGAAGCAAAGGGAGGGCAAGACGUCGAAUCGCGAUUUGCUCAGAAGGGCGGGCGCCGCGAGGGCGGCGGCGGCGAAAAUGGCUGGGACGGCGGUGUAGUUCGCAAUGAAAUUCAGUCACGAGC